CAGCUGACGUGCGGUGGACCAGCAGUUCCCGGGACGUCCUGGUCCUUAAGGUGGCUCACAAACAUGCAAACAUUUAAUAAAAUCACAGGAGGUGCAAGAUUCAGGGCAGACUACAGGAACCUGUCAGACGGGGCUCUGUGUUGUUUUGGGGGUCCUUGAGAUGAGGAACUUUUUUUUUUUUUUUUUGGAGAAGGCCUGCCAUAAGGCACAUUCUUCCACUUGCAGAGGGGGGAUGGGAAGGGAGGUUUUGUUGCUCUGGCUCUCCCCCACCAUGUGCAUACCAGAGACAAAAAGCAAGCAGACACCAAGCAGUGAGCCGCAUCUCAGAGGACACAACAAAAAGCGCUCAUCAGACCCCACAUCAGCAGGAAAAUCACUCUCAGGGACAGAGACAUGGGGGAAUUUCGCGUCUUAUUUUUCUAGUAGUAUAAAAACCAAAGGGGCUCUGGAGAAGGGGUGGUGCAUGUGAGCCAGAGAUCCUAUUACAGAGAUCCAGACUUUUUCAUGGCAAGUUUUUUUGGACGGUGGGGGGAGGGCGAAUCUGCAACUUUGUCGCGUAAUGCUCUUUUUCCAGCCCGAGCGACUCAAAUGAAUACUUUAUAUGGUUUUAAGUCGGAAAUCGGCCUUUUCUCGGUUCGAGGACAGAUUUCGUGACCGCCGAAGGUCGCGGAUGAUGAAGGGAUUCGGGCUUUUCCAGCGGGGAUCGGACGAGACGUGCAGAAUCCAAAAGUUUGGGAGGAGAAAACUUUGAGGCGCUUUUCUUCACCAUGUCGCGUUUGGAAACUAAAUCUGAUGAAGGACGCGUCUUCCCCGCGUUUCACACGGAGCUGGGUCACUGAAUCACGGGCAACACGGAGUGAUUUUCUUUUUUUUCCCCCAACACCUUUGCACGGUUGAAUCUCCAAACCCACCAAGAUGUCUUCCCGGAGCUGGAGCCCCAUUGUUGGAUUUUACGGGAUGCUUUGCGUCGUCUGCGCUGCCUGGAUCUCGGGCUCCGGGGCAGUGUUGUCUGCAAACGGGACGAUAUUUGAGGACAACUGCAAGAAAACAACAACUUGCGAGGCACUUAAGUACAACACAUGUCUGGGGUCGCCUCUGCCUUACACGCACACUUCUCUGAUCCUGGCGGAGGACUCCAGCACCCAAGAAGAGGCGUUUGAGAAGUUGACCAUGUGGUCUGGUUUGCGCAACGCUCCUCGGUGUUGGUCGGUCAUCCAGCCUUUGCUCUGUGCCGUCUACAUGCCCAAAUGUGAGAAUGGCCGAGUGGAGCUGCCCAGCCAGAGCCUGUGUCUGGCCACUCGUCGGCCGUGCAGCAUCGUGGAUCAGGAGCGAGGCUGGCCCGGCUUCCUCACGUGUGACCAAUUCCCCGUGGGCUGUGCGAACGAGGUGCAGAAGCUGAAGUUCAACACGUCGGGCCAGUGUGAAGCUCCCCUGGUCAAGACGGACAUUCAGUCGAGUUGGUACAGGGAUGUGGAGGGCUGUGGCAUCCAGUGUGACAACCCCCUGUUCACUGAAGAGGAGCACAAUGACAUGCACACCUACAUCGCCUACUUCGGCACCAUCACCCUCCUCUGCACGUUCUUCACCCUGGCGACGUUUCUCGCCGACUGGAAAAACUCCAACCGCUACCCGGCCGUCAUCCUUUUCUACAUCAACGCCUGCUUCUUUGUGGGCAGCAUCGGUUGGCUGGCGCAGUUCCUGGAUGGAGCACGGAAAGAGAUUGUGUGCAAGAGCGACAACACCAUGCGACUCGGCGAGCCCUCGUCUUCAGAAACGCUGUCGUGCGUCACCAUCUUCAUCAUCGUCUACUACUCCCUGAUGUCGGGCGUUAUUUGGUUUGUGAUGCUGACCUACGCCUGGCACACGUCCUUCAAAGCCCUGGGCACCACUCACCAGCCACUCUCUGGUCGAACCUCCUACUUCCACAUGGUCACGUGGUCUGUCCCGUUCGUCCUCACUGUGGCCAUCCUAGCCAUUGCUGAGGUGGACGGAGACUCGGUGAGUGGAAUCUGUUUUGUGGGCUACAAGAACUACAGAUACCGUGCUGGGUUUGUGCUAGCGCCAAUUGGAGUGGUGCUCGUUGUCGGUGGCUACUUCCUCAUCCGGGGUGUCAUGACGUUGUUUUCCAUCAAGAGUAACCACCCCGGUCUGUUAAGUGAAAAAGCAGCCAGCAAAAUCAACGAGACAAUGCUGAGACUUGGUAUAUUUGGUUUCCUCGCUUUUGGCUUUGUCUUCAUCACCUUCGGCUGCCACUUUUAUGACUUCUUCAACCAGGCUGAGUGGGAGAGGAGCUUCAGAGAAUAUGUGUUGUGUGAAGCCAACGUGACAAUCGCCUCUCAGACCAACAAGCCAAUCCCUGAAUGCACCAUCAAGAACCGUCCCAGUCUGAUGGUGGAGAAGAUUAACCUGUUCUCCAUGUUUGGGACGGGAAUCGCCAUGAGCACCUGGGUCUGGACCAAAGCCACCAUCCUCAUUUGGAAACGCACCUGGUGCAAGAUUAUUGGCCGCAGUGACAACGAACCCAAGAGGAUAAAGAAAAGCAAGAUGAUUGCCAAGGCGUUUGCGAUGAGGAAGGAGCUCCACAAGGACCCGGAGAAGGAGCUGUCCUUCAGCAUGCACACGGUCUCCCACGAAGGACCAGUGGCCGGAAUCAAUUUUGAUCUCAACGAGCCGUCCAAUGACAUGUCGUCAGCUUGGGCCCAGCAUGUGACGAAGAUGGUGGCCAGACGGGGUGCCAUCCUGCCUCAGGACAUUUCUGUUACUCCUACCGGAACACCAGUGCCACCUCCAGAGGAGAGGAACAGGCUGUGGAUGGUGGAGGCCGAGAUUUCGCCAGAGAUGAUGAAGAGGAAAAAGAAGAAGAAGAAGAGGAAGAAGGAGGUGCGCCCGGUUGAGGAGGCGGUUGACCACCAGGUUUAUCGCCAGCGCGAGUUCGGCCGCAGCUCCGUGCCGCGUCUGCCCAAGCUGCCCUGCCACCCGAGCCUGGUGGCCAACCUGCGGGAACAGCAGAGGCAGCAGCAGCAGCAGAAGAUGGAGGAGGAAGUCUUGCCGGGAUCUUACCCAGACUUCCAACCCUCACACCGUCUGUCCUGCGAGGAGAGGUGCCACUACCUGCAUUACCAGAGCAGCCGCAACGGCUACGGACACAGCCAGAUGUCCCACCCCCUGACCCUCAGUGACCGUCCAGAGGAUCUGGGCCUUGGGCCGCCUUCGGGCUCCACCUGGCAGCCCACUGGAUCUUCGCGCUACCCCGGAGAGGUGGAUCUCACGGAGGGGCUGUCGGAGAGGAUGGCUCAUGUGGCUCGAGUACCGGCAGGCCGGAGGGCUGGCUAUGUGCCCAUCCACUCCAGGACCAAUUUAAUGGAGGCGGAGCUUAUGGAUGCUGACUCUGACUUCUAAAGUCAAAGCUCCAGUUUACCGCUUUGUGGCACACACACACACACAGUAAGCUAGAAGAAGUGCUGGAUACUUUCACAGAUUCUUACUAAAAGUGCACCGGAGUCCCAGUGCCGAAGAUGGAACAAAACUGGUCAGUUUUUUUUUUUUUUUUAAAUGUUUGAUUUUUUUUUUAUAGGAAAAAAAGAGAGAAGGGACAAAUGAGAAAAAGAAUUGUGAAUAAGUUAAUGAAAAGAAUAUUUUUUUAUACUUUAUUUUUGUCCAGUAAAAUUUCAAAGGCAACUCCUGGCGACUAAGCAAAUAAGGCAGCUAAACUGUACUGUACGUGGCUUGAAACGAUGUCCUAUACUACAACCCAGUGGUUACGAUAUUAAACUCUAACACAGCAACUCAGGCCUAUGGCCGCGAGUCAAGGAUGUAAUGCUAACUGAUCCAGGCAAGCCUUGGUAUUAUUCUAAACGGCAUUUAAAAAAAAAAAAUAAAUAAAAAAAAAGAAGAAAAAAAUUGAUUCACACGUUAUAUCAUGAUUUCAGAAAACUCUGUACAGGUAAAUAAAAGCUUCACACUCACUUUGAAAUAGUGUUGACCACACUCUUGUGUUAUAUUUUAAUGUUUUUAAAACUCUCUUCCUGCUCUUAUAUAGCCACCGAUUACUUGGGUUUAUGUACAGUUAACUUCAGGUACUAAAGUGAUCUCACUCUGUCAACACUAAUAUCACAGAAAUAAUUGCUAAAGCCGUCGGACUUUCGCUUCAAGAAGUUGUAAGUAACACACACUGGUCUAUUAAACAGAAGCUAGGAGUUCAGCAUGGGUUUAGUUUGGAGUGGACCUCAUUUUCUUUCACUGCUUCACACUGUGAUCAUUUACUUCACUUUUUAAAAAGAAUUAUCCAAAUGAUCAUAUUGCCCUUGCCGUUUUUUUUUUUUUCCGUGUUGUGACAUUUCGAGUUAACACGGUUUUCUUUAUUGGCGUACUCAUCUAAACGUUUUCUUGCCUGGUGCAAUAAUUCAACAUUUUGUUCGCUUGGAGAAAAAACGUGUUGCAAUUAUGCUGCAUUGGACUGAAUGGCCAUUUGACUUCUUUGUUGUGUUUGGACUUUUCUGUUGUACAGUUUUAAACAGUUAAUUUGUUUUUACAGCUCUGUUUCAACUUAAUCUGUUAUAUAUAUAUAUAUAUAUGUGUGUGUGUGUAUGUUCAGUCUAAACUGGGCUUCACGCAGCGAGCGUGUCUUGUUGAGUCCAGAAAGGAAAAAAAUCUUUUGGAUAAUGUGUUCAGCACCACAGUGGAUGUAGAAGCUGCGAUUUUUCAAAAGUCUCUACUGCCUAUAGGCCAUUUUGAAUCUAUCCACUUGGAUAUUAUUUGUCCAAAUUUUUUCUGCUGACAUGAUACAUUAAAAAAAAAAAAGGGAGUCAGCUUCAAAUCCACCACUGUGCCUGUGCUGCAACCAAAAAUGUCCCCUAAUAUUAUCAGUUUACACUCACUGAGGAUAAAUGAUAAAUUGUGCAAGAUGUCUUCAUGGCCAACAGAAACUGUGUUAAAUGUCAAGUAAUUUGUGUGGAAUGUGCGGGAAUGAGAGAGAAUUAUUUAUGUUAUUAGUUACCACACUGUGUGGUGAGUUUGGCAACAAAAAUAUAAAGCAUAGCUGAUGUCCACUUAAAGUUUUUAUGCCUUGUAAAUGUAUGUUUUUUUGUACACUGUCAAAAGAUUUUCUGUGUUGCUUUUGUGUUUAGUCUCCCACUUUUGUAAAAAAAAAAAAAAAAGGUAAUUUUUCUGUGCAGACACAUUUCCUUGUUUUUUUAUAUAUGUAAAUAACAUAUUCCUAAAGUUUUUUUUUUCUUGCCCUAUUGUCACCAUAAACACAUGCAGUACGCGUACUAGCUUUCUGACGCAGUGUCUCUGUCAACCUUUCGGGGCGCUUAAGUUUGCAGAACUUUUUUUAAGUCUUUCGCAUGACAGUUGUAAAGCAGUAAAACCAUCAGAAUAUACUGUGUAAAAAUAUUUACUGUCAAUUCUCUUCUGUGCAGCUGUAUUUCUUUGUUUUUAUAUGUAAAUAAACAUAUUCCUGAAGUGGA